GGAUAGAAUUGAAGGAAAAAAAUAUGAAGGAAAAAAAAUGACAACAGAACCAGAUAUAUUGAAGUAUGUACUUGGGUUAAUAGUUAGAGGUACAUUUUACACAAUAUUAAUGGUUUUUCUUUUUAAACGAAGGUUAAAGAGAAACUAUUUGAAUAAAAGUACUCAUUCACUUAUAGUUUUUUUACAUUAUUUUUUUCUACUUACGUUUCUGAUAUAAUUUUUAUUUAUUAUUUUUUUUGCAAUCGGUUAUCUUUCCAGUGGUACAGUUUCAUACCAGUCUCAAUCUGUUAUCUAUUGGAAUAAAGCGCGUUCUACUAAGUCGAGUGCGCGUGCGCUUCUUUUUUUGAACACUACGAGUUCCCGUAGAAAAACACGACUGAAUGAAGAUGUCCUUAAAGAAGCUGGUGUCGCUGUUCGCCGCCGCUCCGGCGCUGACGGGAGCACUGAGCGAGGCGAAGAAGAAGAGCUCCCAGCCGCUCCUGGACCUGAAUGAGUUGCCGUCUCUGUACACCGUCCCUGAAUCUAAGCCUCUAGAGGUGGAGCGGGAGGCGGGGCAGCUGGAGGAGAGCGUGGCGCUGCUGAGGAAGUGGGCGGAGCCAUACACAGAGCACUGUCAGCAAAGUGUGCAGACGGGAGUGGAAAAGACUGAGCAGGCCUACAGGACGCUGGAGCCUUUCAUCCACACCGCUGUGAGGACGGUUACAGAUACAUACCAGUUCCUGAGUGAGCCCCCCCCUGACCUGUACCCCAGCGUGGCUGUGGUGGGAUUCUCCGGCUUCCUGGGACUCUACCUGGCCAAAGGGUCCAGGCUGAGGCGGCUGCUGUUCCCCGUCGGCCUGAUGGCUCUGAGCGCCUCCAUGUUUCACCCCCAGCAGGCCGCCGCCUUGUUAAAGAUGGGUCAGGACUCGGCGCUCACCUGGGCUGAACAGGGACGCGUUGCCGUGGAAACGCUGUGGAAGGAUCCACCGUUCAGUAAGAAGAAGCUGAAGAGUUCAGAGAAGAAAGAAAAAGGGGAGAAUGACGGGAGCAGCUGAUCCAGUAACCCACACCGGUGCCGGGACCAGUCCAGUUUGGGAGGACCUCACCUUCACAUCAUUCCUGAAGUCUCCUGAAGCUUCCUCCUCCGUUGCUCUUAAUCUUCUUUUUGGAGACAUUCCCUGCAGUUCUCCUCCUCUGUCCUCAGGAGGAGCACCAGAACCUCCAGCUUUGUGUCAAGGCUCUGCAAAAUCUGAAUCUUAAGAAAGUAAAAAGACCCAGAUUUCAAGAAAAAAAUUCUUAUUUCUGUCCUGCUAAAGAAUAAUCGUAACAAGAACGUUUUUUUUAUAGAAAAUAAUCUUUGUUUCAGAUAACAACCCUUGGUAAGAACAUGUUAAAUACUUUUCAGAUAUUCUGGUUAUUUUAUGAAAAUAUUUCAAAUUUUAAGAAUGACUUAUUUUUAGGGGCCCUGUUUUUGCCGUGUGAACACAACACAAGGACUUUGAUGCUCAGCUGGUUUUAGUGGGCGCUCGACAUGAGUCAUGAUGCUGCACACUCACUUCCUGUCUCUGUUUUGUCUGUGAAGUUUGUUUCUUCUCAUCAAAAUGAAGUGAAUUCUGACUAAAUGAAACCGUCACAGAGACGCAGCAGGAAGUGGUUCAGUUCAACAGAAUCAGCUUCUUCUUCCUCUCACUUCCUGUAAGCGCUUCAGCUUCUACUGUAAAAUCGUCCCACUCAUGUGAGGCUGUUUACUCUGAUGGCGAGUAAACGCUGCCCUCACCCUUCAGCAGCUGGGUAAAGAUGGAUGGAAGACUUCAGCUCCUCUCACCUUCACUCCUACAUGGGAAUCUUCUGCUUGUUUUUGUCUGAAACAGGCCAGAAGUCUCAUAAAUGUCAUUUAAUGUUUUUUUUAAUCCCUCAGAAAUGUUCAUAAAGUCGAUUUAACCCCA